AUGGAGAGACUGAUUCAAAUACUGACUUCUCCUCAGCCAUUUCCCGACUUCCACACCCCUUUCAUAGUGGACGACUCUUUUGAUUCCUCAGUCUUCGUUGGAGAGCAUUUUGCCAAUCAGUUCCAGGACGGCUUCGAGGACAAACCUGGUCAACUCUUCUCCAUGUCCAGCUAUGAUAAAGUGGGUCAAGCAGGGCUCAUCGAAGUUCAAACUCCCUCUGCCGUUCACAAUCCAAUGUUCUAUGGGUCUUUUUCACAAGCACCUUAUGAUCAUCACCCUCUUCUCCAUCCUGGCAACGUUCAAGAAACCGACAUUCAAUAUGGGCCAGGAAGCGAUUACCAAUCUGAGAACAGCUUUGAACACGGCAAGCCCUCCAUUGUGGAUUGUCGGGAAGGGAAAGAUGCAAAUGUGAAGCCUUUCAAUGCGGCGCAUCAACGCGCCCUUUCUGCUCAAAACAUCCCAAUGAAUACUUUGAAACGCAAGGCCUCAAGCGUUGACGAGUUUGACGACCCUCCAGCUCACAAAAAGGCAAUCAUCGCUCAAGUUCAUGUCCAAGAUCCAAAUGGCGAUUAUUAUGAUUUGAGUGGACAAACCACCCCUUACUCACCGUUUGUGCCCACUCCCACCGGCAGUACUGGCUACCCAGCUUGUGCUCCCAAUGGCUCUUCCCCGAGACCUUCUGGUCACCACUAUUCAACCUCUACCGCAUCCCAGGUGUCUUUGGCUGCUCCAUCACCACACACUCCGGUUUUCAGCCCUUCCUUCACCACGGUCAAGAGUGAACAGAGUCCAGGGGCUCCAAUGACUCCUAUCCCCCGACCCACUUCGACCAGCUCCCCUCUCAAGUCGACCAUCCCAAAGUUGGUUCGUACCUCGACCAUUCAGCAAUCUCCUCCAGGAGUCUGCCCGAGUUUGGUAAUGGGACAAGCCCAGAAUUUCAAUCCCUAUGCUAUGCAUCCUCUUAAAGCCAACCUCAAACUGAAGGGCGAUCUCGAGACAAUGAAAGAGAACUGGACUCCUGAAGAACGCGAGGCACGUCGACGACUGGUCGAAUUCAAGCGCUGUCAACAGAACAGUACCAUCACCGCUGAAUUCAAGCCUGUGGCACCUGCAGAUCGUCAGCCCAGCAGCAUUUGCAUCAGCUGUAUCUGGUGGAAGGAAAGGAACGAGUACUACGUGACUUCCGUCGAUACGAUUUAUCUCCUCGAAGCUUUGGUCGGUGUUCGUUUCACGGUCGAAGAGAAAAAUCGUAUCCGCCGCAAUCUGGAAGGCUUCCGACCCAUGACGGUCUCCAAAGCCAAAGCUGACAGUGAAGAGUUUUUCAAAGUCAUCAUGGGGUUCCCUCACCCGAAGCCUCGCAACAUUGAAAAGGAUGUCAAAGUUUUCCCAUGGAAAACCUUGUCCACCGCUUUGAGGAAGAUCAUCUCCAAGUACUCAGCGAGUUACUCUUCAACAGCAUCUUCUCUCCUCACCCCCGCUUCGUCAGUUUACUCGAACGGAGAGGGUAUUACCGACUACCACUAUCCCCCAACACCUCAUCCAGAAUAUGUUGCUACCUCGGGUGCUCCCUACGGUGUCAAUCCUGAAAUGGCAUGUAUGCCGGGACCAGGACCAAUGCGCAUGACGGCACCAGUUCCCGAGUUGCAGCUACAAAUGCCUCAGUAUGAUGUCAAUGGCCAUUACAGAUACCAAAAUAUGGGGCCGAUCCCUCAGGGCACUAUGGCCAUGCCACCUCAUCCCAUGACCGCACCUGUCACCAGAAUGCCACCCUGGGAAUUUACCAACUUUGUCAACGAUAGUCCCGUUACAAUGGCUCCUCAGAGCGCGCCACCGACCGCCUAUCCACGUGGUACCAUGGAAACGGCCGAAUUUGUUCCCGCAAUGCACUAUCCCCCCCACUAA